CAUUGUGGGCAGGGCCAGCGCCGCCGCCAUUUUGUCUCUGUCAGGCGCGGCGCGGGCAGUCGGGGCGAGGCGGCCGAACCGGUGUCUGGCGAGGGGGAUUCGGCCCGCAGCUCAAGAUGAUAUCGGCCGCCCAGCUCCUCGAUGAGCUCAUGGGCCGGGACAGGAACCUGGCCCCGGAUGAAAAGCGCAGCAACGUGCGGUGGGACCACGAGAGCGUUUGCAAAUACUACCUUUGUGGCUUUUGCCCAGCUGAAUUAUUUACAAAUACCCGUUCUGAUUUAGGUCCUUGUGAAAAAAUCCACGAUGAAAAUCUACGCAAACAGUAUGAGAAGAGCUCUCGGUUUAUGAAGGUGGGCUAUGAGAGAGACUUCCUGCGCUAUUUGCAGAGUUUGCUUGCGGAGGUGGAGCGCAGGAUCCGGAGGGGCCAUGCUCGUUUGGCACUGUCACAGAACCAGCAGUCUUCUGGGGGAGCAGGACCUACCGGUAAAAAUGAAGAGAAGAUUCAGGUGUUAACUGACAAAAUUGAUGUACUACUUCAACAGAUUGAAGAACUAGGUUCAGAAGGAAAGGUGGAAGAGGCACAAGGAAUGAUGAAACUUGUUGAACAGUUAAAGGAAGAGAGAGAAUUGCUGAGGUCUACAACUUCAACAAUUGAGAGCUUUGCAGCCCAAGAAAAGCAAAUGGAAGUUUGYGAAGUUUGUGGCGCCUUUUUAAUUGUAGGAGAUGCACAGUCCAGGGUAGAUGACCACUUGAUGGGAAARCAGCACAUGGGUUAUGCCAAAAUAAAAGCUACUGUAGAAGAUUUAAAAGAAAAGUUACGAAAAAGAACAGAAGAGCCUGACCGUGAUGAAAGGUUGAAAAAAGAGAAGCUAGAACGGGAAGAGAGGGAGAAAGAGAGGGAACGGGAAAGAGAAGAGCGGGAAAGGAAGAGACGGCGUGAAGAGGAAGAAAAGGAAAAAGAGAGGGCUCGUGACAGAGAGAGGCGUAAAAGGAGCCGCUCACGGAGCAGGCACUCGAGCAGGACAUCUGACAGGAGGUGCAGCCGCUCGCGAGACCACAAAAGGUCAAGAAGCAGAGAAMGAAGGCGAAGCAGGAGUCGUGACCGGAGAAGAAGCAGAAGCCACGAUAGAUCAGAAAGGAAACAUAGGUCUCGUAGUAGGGACAGGAGACGGUCAAAAAGCCGGGAUCGGAAAUCCUACAAGCACAGAAGCAAAAGCAGAGAGAGAGAGCAAGACAGGAAAUCAAAAGAAAAAGAAAAGAGGGGAUCUGAUGAUAAAAAAAGUAGUGUGAAGUCCAGUAGUCGAGAAAAACAGAGUGAAGACACAAAUACAGACUCGAAGGAGAGUGAGACUAAGAAUGAGGUCAAUGGGACCAAYGAAGACAUAAAAUCUGAAGUGCAGCGUAAGUAUGCACAGAUGAAGAUGGAACUAAGUCAAGUAAGAAGACAAACUAAAGCAACUUCUGAAGGAAAUGACAGUGUAGUCCUGCAAAACAUUUUGAGGUACAUCGUUUUGUCUCAGCUAUUUUGUAGCAGACUUGUGCCCCCAUUAGUGUGCCUCUUUGGGACAUAUUUGUAAUAUAGUCACCAUAGAAAAAUUAAUUAUCCUUUUUUUAUUUUUAGGGAUUUUGUUAUCGUUUUUUUAAAAAAGUUGAACUGUUUUUGUAUUUAAGUCCAUAUUGUGUUGGUACUUCAGCAGAAACUUUUGCUUAAAUACUUAAUAUUUGAGGCACAUGUUGGACUACUUUGUUUUCAUAUAAACUGCUAGUAUUUCUUUGUCAAGGAUGUUUCUAGUUUUUUUGCUUUAUUGCCUUGCAUUCUAAUGCAGUUUGUUCUGUAACUCGAGAGCCAGUAGCAUUGGAUUGAUGGAAGUGUAGGGUUUAUGAAUUAUUGCAGCUGACUACCAUACCUCACACAGCGUUGGUGUUGUGAGCGGCCCAUGAAAAGCCAAAUUAAAAAUCAAGGAUUCAGUCAAACUAAGCAGGUACUCAUGCCAGGUACUCCUUUCUCUACCCACAUCCAUGUUUGAAUGCUGUUGCCUGUAAUCUUUAAGCUUACUGUUGUGUUUUUGAUUUUGAAGCUAGUGAAAAGGACUUUUUGUGUAUUGUGUGACUACUGUAAAUCUGAUGUUAACAGAAUGGAAUUUUCUUUCAACUGUGUGUAGGGAUGCAGUGCUGCCCAGAAUUAGAUAUCUUUAAAGAGUUUAAAAUGCAAUAAACACUACAUAAUAUUCGCCUUGUUACUUUCAAUGCAAUUCAAGUCUUUAAGAGGUAUGUGCUUAAUAUUUCCUACUGUGUAGGAGACUUUGCAGUCAGCCAUAGCACAGAGCAGUGGAAUGGCUGGUAACAGGCUUGUAAGGUAGAUGUAAAUGCAGAGACAGAUGCCACCAAAUGAUGACAGUGUUGAUGGCAGGAAUGUAUGCUGGAAACUGUUUGUGGGAAAUGAAGCAGCUAAACAAUAGGCAGUACAAUAUUGAAAGGAAAACUUGAAGUUUUUUCCCCACUCUUGACAUAGCUUUCUUACAGAAGGUCUUUAGUUGUAUUCCUGAAAUAAGGAACUAACAGUGGAGAGGACAGCUGAUAAAUGAGCUUCUUGCAACAUAAUUUGUUACUGUAGUUGCAUUGUGUAUGCUAGGAAUUCUUAAACAUUUAAUGUUGAUAUUAAACCAUUAAUGCUACAUCAUUGCUUCUAAAGCCAGUCAUGUUCAAUGGUGAUGUUUUUGUAGAGUUGGGAUGACAGCUAACAACUGGGCCAAUGUAUAGGAAUGGUAAACAAAAUGCACCUAAUGCUGUCUAAUCGUCUGUUCUCCCAAAAUUUUGCAUUAUAGGACUACUACGUGAAGAGUCUGCGAAGACAGUGGAAGACAGCUUAAACUGAAGAUCUGCUUUAAAAUGAGGUGAAAGAAAGCUGUAGUGGCGUAGAAAAAUAUAAAAGUUGAGUUAGAAAUUUUUUUUAUAAAAUUUAAUUCAGGACUGGUGUUUCCUCCCAGAGUUCAGAAAGAUGUGUUGAUAAUAGCACAUACGCUACUGAGAAUAUAAGUCCUGUAUACUUUUUUUUUUCUUUAAGACUUUUUAAGAUAAGAAACCAACAUAACCUGAACACAUGGCUUGCUCAGUGUUUAAUUGCAAGUUUUCAUUCUUGGACUUUAAAACACAAGGAUAAAUGUUUAGUAUUUGUGUGAAUYGAACUAAAAUGAAUCCCAUUUUUACAACUAAGCUAUUCCUAGCUUCUUGAUAUACRAGAAAUGGAAAUAAAGUAUCUUUGAAUUUCUGUUACAAAUUUGAUUGUCUCUGUCAUUGAACGUUUAAUAUUCAGUAAGUUUCUUUCCUAAUAAAUGACUCAUGUCUUCAAGCUUAGUCCAUUAA